GUCGAUCGGCGUACCUAUUGUUAGUGCUGUGAACACCGUCUGGUAGAAAGAGUCAAACAAGUAUUACUCAUUGCCACCGACAUUCGGAUGCGUGUCUUCACGGUCGGGGAUGAUACUUGAACGCGAUGCAUCCUUUCACUGCCGGGGGUAUCCUUAUAUAUAGAAGUAUUCGAUCGAGACUCGCCUCUCAAUGACUUGAAGCUCGUGUCGAACAAUCAAGGAUUCGACCGUGCCAAAUAAUCUUAGGAUGAUCGGGAUAAAUCAAACAAUCCGGUUCUCGAUGUUCGCCCUUCUAAUCGCCACGGUCAUUGUUGGUUCAGGAGCGCACGAAGGAAGUGGCGGAAGCAGUAGUCUAGCGUACAGCAGCGCUUCGGCGUCCGCAAACGCAUACGCGAAUGCAGGUGCAAGCGCAUUCUCGUUGAGUAACGCAUUUACUGGAAUCGGAAGCCUACCUGCGGUUGAUGGGAGCCAUGACGGGCACAAAGGAAUUCGCAGUUACGACAACACUGGCUACAAUGGCAAUAAUCAGCCAAACGGUGGAGUCAAAGGAAAUCAGCAUGGUGGCUGUCCUAAGUGCAAGUGGGAAGACGACGAUUACUGGGAAAAAGACGAGGAUGAAACUGAACCAGAAGAAAAAGACGAAGACGAUUGCGAUGACGGGGACGAUGGACAGUAUAGAGAACACGGUCAUUAUCACGGACAGAAAAAUAAAGGAGGAUCGCCUCCGGGCGUACAGAAAUUAGGAGUGCUUAAUCCCAACGGUCAAGGACCACACACGGGAGUCAGCGCCACGUCAAAUGCUGCGAGCGGUGGAAGUGGCGCUCCAUUUGGAACAACGCCAAUUAAAGGAGGACGCCCUGAAACUGGGAGCUCGAGCUCAGGUUCACCAUGGAACAAAGCGUUCCCUGUAACCGGUCAGCAACCUGGAUCAGGAUGGAACACAGGCUCUGGAACUACGCCGAAACCCGCCUGGAACCAAGGGUUCGGUGGUUCACCCGGAACAGCUCCGCAUCCUUCUAACAGUUGGAACUCUGGAAGUGUACCGAAUGCGGAUGUAUCGAGUCCUACCAGCGAUGGAAGCUGGAAUAGUGGUCCAAAAACAGGUUCUGGAUGCUCCGGCAAUUAUCAACACGGCACCGGCUGUGCUCAAGGUACAAGCGGUGUCGGUCCUGUAAAACAAUCUCCAGUGCCAUUCUUUGGCAGCAACCCCGCAAAUGUUCAGAAGGAAAAUCCUGUUCAUUCCACGGGUCCAACAGCAGUAUAUAAUCCUCAAGGAUCUCCAGCCGGAUGUUCCAGCAGUCCUUAUGAUGCCAGUUGUGCCGAUAAAUCUGUUGAACGAACGAGACCACAUGACAGUCCCUUUGCAUCAUCUUAUGGACCAAAUCCGAGCCAAGGCCAGUAUCCUGUAAGUGGGUCGCCUCAAAGCAGUCCUUCCGGUUCUCCUGUAGGACAAGGCCAAUAUCCGGGAAGUGGAUCGUCUCAAAGCAGUCCUUCGGGUCCUCCGCACGGUUCUCCCGCGGGACAGGGGCAAUAUCCUGGUAGUGGAUUGCCGAAAAGUGGUCCUUCCGGUUCUCCACACGGUUCUCCCGUAGGACAAGGUCAAUAUCCGGGAAGUGGAUCGCCUCAAAGCAGUCCUUCGGGUUCUCCGCACGGUUCUCCCGCGGGACAAGGGCAAUAUCCUGCAAGCGGAUGGCCUCAAGGCAGUCCUUUCGGUUCUUCGCAUGGUUCUCCCGCUGGACAAGGCCAAUAUCCUGGUAGUGGAUCGCCUCAAAGUAGUCCUUCGGGUUCUCCGCACGGUUCUCCCGCGGGACAAGGGCAAUAUCCUGCAAGCGGAUGGCCUCAAAGCAGUCCUUCGGGUUCUCCGCACGGUUCUCCCGCGGGACAGGGGCAAUAUCCUAGUAGCGGAUUGCCGAAAAGUGGUUCUUCCGGUUCUCCACACGGUUCUCCUGUAGGACAAGGCCAAUAUCCGGGAAGUGGAUCGCCUCAAAGCAGUCCUUCGGGUUCUCCACACGGUUCUCCCGUAGGACAAGGCCAAUAUCCGGGAAGUGGAUCGCCUCAAAGCAGUCCGUCGGGUUCUCCGCACGGUUCUCCCGCAGGACAGGGGCAAUAUCCUGGUAGUGGAUUGCCGAAAAGCAGUCCUUCCAGUCCUGCGCACGGUUCUCCUGCGGGACAAGGGCAAUAUCCUGGUAGUGGAUUGCCGAAAAGUAACACUGGGCGCGGUUCCGAUACGGGGCCAUACGGAGGAACUCCAUGGAACUCUGGAAAUACAGCCAGACCGGGAAGCUUAGGAAAUUCAGUAUAUCCGACAAGCCCUCAAAAUUCUAAUGCAAACGCUGUAGCUUCAAGCAUAGCGUACGCGGGAACUGGUGCGCCGACCGCUGGAAACGGUUUCGAUUCUAGCCAUCCUGCGAGCAGUCCUUCUUAUGGGUCUCCAUCUGGAAAUGCACAGACGCCAGGGUCUUCAGGUUCUCCAAACGGAAACGUUCCUUACGGAACUCAGAAACCUAAUUACACUGGUGUUAAAGGAGGUUCUUCGGGUACAGCACCUAAACACGGUACUCCCAAAAACGGAGAUAGCAAGAUCUUUUAUGUGAACGUAAAUCCUGUACCAGGAAGCCCUGCAGGGGUUAAACCUCAUACACCUACGGGUGCACCUUAUAGUGAUACCGGAAAAACACCACCUUCUUAUCAACCUGCUACUUAUGGGGGUACCGGAACGCCAAAGCCUUCUUAUCAGCCUGCACCUUACGGUGGUCCUGGAACGACAGAGCCUUCCUACCGUCCUGCUCCUCAUGAUAAUACUGGAACGGCAAAGCCUUCUUACCAACCUGCUCCUUAUGGGGGUACCGGAACGGUAAAGCCUUCUAACCAACCCGCUCCUUAUGGGGGUACCGGAACAGCAAAGCCUUCUUACCAACCUGCUCCUUAUGGGGGUACCGGAACGCCAAAGCCUUCUUACCAACCUGCUCCUUAUGGAGGUACCGGAACGGCAAAGCCUUCUUACCAACCUGCUUCUUAUGGUGGCCCCAGCACAACAAAGCCUCCGCAUGAAUUUAAUUCUUAUCCAUCGGGAGAAACAGAUAAGGGUUGCACAAAUGGAUCUCAAGGUUGUGGAACUGGGAGCGGAUGCAGCAGUGGAACAAGUCUGAAUGGAUCUCCAGAUUACAAGCCUUGUAGUCCAAACGAUCUUUCAGUAGGUGUUAAUAAGGCUUCUAAACCAUUAGGAGGUUUUGAAGCAAACCCAAAUGAUUUUUCGCAAAGUCCUCAACAAAUCACGCCUGGAACUGGUCCGCAAGGUUGUACAUCUGGAACCAGCGACGGGUGUACCUCUGGACCAAGCAAUCCUUUAUACGUUUACAAGACUGAAACAACGAAUAAAAUUCCUGGAGAAGGAGUAGGGUCGUAUCCGUCGAAUCCUUUCUUAACUGGAAAGAUUCCUAGUUCUGGUGCUGGUGGUCCUCAGCUAACAGCUACUAGUAAGCCAGUCGGUUAUGGAAAUCCCUUCCUGCAAGGAACUGGUGCAGUCGCGGGAGCGGGAGCUUGGAGUCAUGUAGGUGCAGGAGUAGCAGCGAGUCCAGGCAGCGGUGGCAAGAACGUUGUUUCGAUCGGAGAACAAGCACCUGAGCCUAUUGGCAAAGAUAAUCCUUUCCUUAAUGGAUUAGGACACGGAAGGGGAGACAUCGGAAUCGAUGCCACGCCUAAUUCAAUUUCUGGAGGAUCGUUUGCUCCAGACAGUAACAUGGGUAAUAGCGGACUGAGUCAAACGAAUGGAAGUCCUUCCUUUGGCGAUAAAACACAACAAGGACAUUCCGAUCAUUACCCUGGCUCGAUUUGGAAUUCAGGUUCAACGAACGGCGGAAGCUCUUCAGCCGUGAGAAAUCCAUCCACAACAAACCGUGGCUCGGGAAGCGGAGGAGGUGUUGGAAUUGGUCCGGGAGGAUUUGGAAAUCUUUUCGGUGGUGCACUUUCUGGAGCUUUUAGCAGUGCACAAGCUUCUUCACACGCCAAUUCUGGUUCUGGAGUUGCACCAAACACAGGUUUCGGACAAGCAAACAGUGGAAGUUGGGCUUCCAGUGGAGCGUCGGCAGGAAGUCAUGCUGGAAGCGGUGCCUUGUCCUCCAGCGGUGCUUCCGCUUAUGCGAGUAGCAGUGCUAGCAGCUGGGCAGGCGCACAACCCUCUUUCGUGAAAGGCUAAGCGAUAUUUCCAGGAAACGAACGAUAUUUCCAGGAGAAGAUAAAUUUCAAUCAUCCGCAAAUUACGUAAACGACUGUUUCAUUCUACUUCGUUUGUAUUUCUAUUCGUAACUCGUUUUACCUACUCAUCUUUUAUAAUACAAACAAAUCGAUGUACGAGCAAAAUUACCGUUCUUUUUAGAAUUCUCUACACGCGCCUUGAUAAUUCGCCGGUAAUUAAUGAUCAAUUCUUCGAAGCGAUUGUAUUCUUAUUAUACGGCGAUUCUUAUCGAUCGGUGUUUAAUGAAUAAUGACGUAACUAACGAAUCAAAUAUGUUGUUAAACAGAUUUAAUACAUAUGGUAAUGUAUCAAUAAAAAGAAUUAUUUUUGAUGAA